AUGGAUCAAACUGAUUUCACUUCAAAUAUUGAUGAAUAAUAGCCAUCGGUUGUGCAUUUUGAUAAAUCUAAGAGACCUAAAGUAGGCCUUGGAGUCAUUAUAUUAAAUGAAUUGAAUGAGAUACUUGUCUCCCAAAGAAUAACUCCCAAUAGUGCUGGUGAUGGCUAAUUUGGACUCCCUGGAGGUCAUUUAGAGUUUGGCGAAACUUUCUAAGAAUGUGCUUAAAGAGAAAUUGAAGAAGAAACCAGCUUAAAAUUGGAUUAGGAAGCUAUUAAGUAUGUGGCUACAGUGAAUGCUUUUGACAAGGUAAAAGGGUAUCAUGAUAUUGAUAUAUACAUGGGCAUUCUAGUCUGGAAAGAAUAGUGCUAGUUUAAAAACAUGGAACCUCAUAAUUAAACUGAUUGGUAAUGGGUUAAAUGGGAAGACUUUGUGAAUAUUGAUAAUCUUUUUUACUCUUUCAGAGAGUUCUUUGCAAUGGGAUUUAAGGAUCUUGAAAAUAUUAAGUAGAUACUUCAAAAAGAAUGA